GCGGAAAUUUCAAAUUGGUCUUCAGUGGAGAUCAAGGAGAGUGUUCGUCCUCUUGAGCCAGUGGGUAUGCUAAUCAAUCCGGAAGGACAGAGACGAAAAAACCUCCCCAAACUUGCUGUAGACGAAGAGGGCUUUCGGCCUGGUUUCUCCCCCCUUAAAAUAGAAGUUGAUAAAUCGAUUUGGAAAUCAAACACCCCUCCAGAACAAAUGCGCUCACUGGCCCUUGAGACAAUCAAUGUUAACUCUCCUGCAGAUCAAGGGCUCCAAGUCUUCACUGAUGAGUCAUACAUAGAAAACCACGCAAACGGUGGUGCAGGUGUCUAUUCUGAACUCUUCUCUUUCUACGCAGCAGCGGGACACAAUAGAUCAGCUUUUGAAGUAGAAAUAGAGGCCAUUCGGAUAGCACUAUGCCAAUUAUGUUGCCUGAAUACGAAAUUCACCAACGCAGUGAUGCCUUGA